CGCAGGGAGUGCGCAGCAGUGCGGAGCGCGCAGUGCGAGUGCGGCCGUGAGUGACCGUGAGAGUGCCACAGUGAGUGCUGCGGGAGUGCGCUGGCCGACGGGGCCGCCGCCGCAGGAGGCGACAUGAGUUCGUACCUCAUGAACCCGACGUACCACCACCAGUCGCCGGCCGUCAUCGUGGACCCCAAGUUCCCCCCGACAGAGGAAUACAGCCAGAGCAACUACAUUUCCGGGGCCGACUUCUUCGGCCACCAUCACCACCACCACCAUGUGGCCCCUGGCGCCCAGCACCACGGGCACCAGUACGGCUACCACCAGAUCCCGGCCCCCGUGCCGUACGGCGCGACGGCCACCACCACCAUCCAGAUCACCACCAACGCCCCCGGCUACGGCGGGUACGGCGGGAACUACUAUCACCCCCACCCCCACCACCACCAAAUGCAGCACCAGGUACCCCCGCCCCCGCUGCCCCCCGAGCCCACUGCUCCCUGCCAGCCCCCCAUGGUGGCGGAGAGCCCCCCGGCCGCCCCCCAACAACCCCCCAGCCAGCCGGAGCUGCAGCAGCAAAGCGCUGCUCCCCUUCAACAACAACAACAACAACAGCAACAACAACAGGAUAUUCCGCAGCAGCAGCCCUCCUCGAACCACCUGGACGAUGUGGACGACCAUGACGACCAGGAGGAGGGCUCGGACGACAUGGACGGCGACGGCUCGCCGCUCACCAUGGAGGACGACGACGAGGGCGACGACGAGGACGGCGGCGACAGGGUCAUAUACCCCUGGAUGAAGAAGAUACACGUAGCCGGAGCAAGUGGCGCGUUUGGCUCGAGAGCGGGAGGCGACAACGUCCUUAAUAGCAAUGGUGGUUACCAGCCGGGCAUGGAGCCGAAGCGGCAGCGAACCGCCUACACACGGCAUCAGAUCCUGGAGCUGGAGAAGGAGUUCCACUUCAACAGGUACCUGACGCGGCGGAGGCGCAUCGAGAUCGCGCACACGCUCGUGCUGUCCGAGAGGCAGAUCAAGAUCUGGUUCCAGAAUCGGCGCAUGAAGUGGAAAAAGGACAACAAGCUGCCCAACACUAAGAACGUCCGGCGGAAGACCAACCCCGCAGGGGUCGUGACCACGGUGGCGGGCGCCAGCGGCACUAGUCCCAAGGGUGGCUCCAAAGCCCGUGGCAAGAACAACAACAACAAUCGGAGAACGCAGAACAACAACAAGAACGGCAUGGACAGCCCAGACGUCCUGGGGACGUCACCGAUGGACCUGCCACCCGAGGGGUCGGCGUCAGCACCGCCGGGUCCUGCGAGUGGUCUCGGCGCGUCCCCGGACCUCAUGCACCCCCUGGCCGCGCUAAGUCACAGUCUCAGUAACCACUCGAGGUCGCCGCCCUCGACGACGUUGUCGCCACCCGGGGGCCUCAAGCAAGAGCACCUCGGCGACGGCAUGCACCACCCGCACCAGCAGCAGCAACAGCAGCACCACCUCAUGGGCAUGCAGCAGCAGCACCACCACCAGCAGCAACAGCAGCAGCACCACCAGUGGGGCAGACACAGCUCCGGCGGUGGCCUCCUCGCGGACGGAGGGGGCACGUCACCGUCCCUCCUGCACCAGCUCGGACAGCUGACUCCCCUCACCCCGGCCAUGCAGACCUGCACCCCGGUCAUCAAGUCUGACUACGGGCUCACGCCCCUAUAGCCACCAGCCCCCGACAAGAGCUCGUACCACUGCCACCCCCUGUAGAGACGUCGUGCCCUGUGCCCAACCGCCCAGCCCCUAGCGCCUUCCACCACCCCGUGGAAGGAAAACGUUGACAAUAAUAUAACGCGCAGGCAUGAUGUACGUCGGUGAUAUUUUGUUUUGUGUGUAGUCAUGUCGAUAUUAACGAUGUUUGUACAUAGAACAACAUUCAAAUGUGAUAAUCUUUGAUGUUUGUGGAAUGUCAUUUGAGAGUAAACUAUUCACGAGUUGUAGUAGUUUGUAAAGUGAUGUCUGUAUGUGUUUGAAUAUGUGUGCCUAGGUGUUUAAUGUACAUAGAUUUCUUUUCGUAAGAGUGCCCACUACCAGAAAUAGCGAACAAGAAUUAUGUUAAGUUAGAAAUCUGAGUCAAUUUCUAUUUGGCGGGACCGUAGACGUUACUUAACGUCACAGUAAAUCAGUGUCAUUUGUUUUGAAAAGCCUUCUCCCUACAUCUCUCCCAGAAACUGAGUGGUUUUAUACGGACUCAGCUUUUAUCGGAUUCUAUUUUUUCGUGAUAAUAUAUUCUAGUUGAAAAUGUUGUGUUCUGGAAUAAUAGGAGUCAAGUGUAGCACCAUGUUCGAUUUUCAUGUCGAGUGUUGUAAAACAUGAACUUUUUCACAAUUUCGGAAAAGAAGAAAAAUUACCCGACUUCAGUCAAACGGAGCACACGAUCGUACAAACCUUAAACCAAAAUAUAUAAUUAUUUCUUCAUGCGUACGUAGAAAAUGUACAGAAAAUUACUUAUGUGUAAUAUUUUUCGGUAAAUAAUUGAGGCUGGGAGAAAUAUUUAAAUAAACUGUGAAGCAAGCAAUCUGUACAUUCAAGCAUCUAUUUAAGUUAGUUUUUUAUGAAACUUCCUUGUGCCAUCCCUAUUUUUGUUUUAAUGACUUUGACCUUGAUUUCCACGGAGUGUUAUUCUUAAUGCUUGUAAAAGUCGUGAUAAAACAGCUCAGUAUUUUUACUCGGAAGUAAGUACUGAUUAAUUUGUGUCAUAAUGUGUAUGUCUGUAAAUUCGAAGUCACCCAUCGCUUACUUUUAGUGAUCGCAAGACUGGCGCACUCUGUAAAUACACAUUUCAUUGUUGUCUGAUUUAUAUUUGUUCCUUUCUGCAAACCUGCUUCUUUGCAGAAUUCUAUUAGUCAUUUCGUUUAUAGUUCGUUAUUCCCCCUUCCCCCUACCCCAAAGUUACAUUUUCCAACAACGAACAAAAAAGAUGUGUAAUGAUUUUCUCCACUGCGACUAUUUAAAGUGCCACAAUAGAAUAAGCCAGUUAAAAUUUUAUGUUUAUUUUCAUUGUGUCACAUGCUUUAGGCUGAGGGUUAAUCAGUGUAGAAUAAAGUUAUGUGCUAUAAAACACACGUGUACUAAAGAGUGAUACGCUGUCGGAAUGGAGAAAAUAUUAUAAUAAAAAUAAGCAUCAAAACAGA